GAUGAUGUGACAACAACACUCUUGAGUUUUUAUUACCGACCUGACAUUUCAGCGCAUGUGAUCCAUGAUGCGAGUUUGAUGACAAUUACACCAGUGUUUUGAAUAAGGGAGAAGGAAAACCUCCAUAAGUGAAUGUAUAUGAUCGCUGCAAGUGUGCUGUAAACUAAAUGUGAAAGUGCAAUGACCGGUCGAAUGAAGCACAUUGUUUGUGCCAUGUCUGGUGGUGUGGACAGCAGUGUGGCAGCACUUCUUUUAAAGAGUCGAGGUUUUAGGGUGACGGGACUUUUUAUGCGCAACUGGGACGCUUUAGAUGAAACCGGAGUCUGUACUGCAGACAAAGAUGAGGAGGACGUGCAGUUCGUUUGUGACAAACUCAACAUCCCGUUUCAUCAUGUCAACUUUGUCAAAGAAUACUGGCAUGAUGUUUUCAGUGAGAUGUUGAGGCAGUACCAGGGAGGUGUCACACCUAACCCAGACAUCUUAUGUAACAAGUUCAUCAAGUUUGAUCGCUUGUUGCAAUAUAGCAGGGAGACACUGGGUGCAGAUGCCUUGGCUACUGGGCACUAUGCAAGGACUGAUGCUGGGGAGCAAAUCCUGGAGGAUGGCUGGCACUCAAAGCAACAUUCUGUCAAGUUAUUGCAGGCAGCGGAUUCUGUCAAAGACCAGACGUUCUUCCUCUCCCAGAUAUCCCAGCAUGCAUUGCAGAGAACCCUGUUUCCAAUAGGUGACCUGACCAAGGCUGUUGUGAAAGAAAUGGCCGCGAGGGCUGGGCUACAAAGAAUCGUCAAACGGAAAGAGAGCAUGGGUAUCUGCUUCAUCGGAACGAGGAAGUUCAACAACUUCAUCCAAGAGUAUGUAGAACCCAGGUCUGGUAACUUUGUUUCAUUAGAAGAUAACAGAGUAGUUGGCAAGCAUAAAGGUCAGUUCCUGUAUACAGUCGGACAGAAAGCUAAGAUUUCCGGAAUGAAGGAAAAAUGGUACAUCGUGGAUAAAAACCCUUUAUCCAAUGAGGUUAUUGUGGCCCCCAACACGAACCAUCCAGCUCUUUUCUGCGAGGCUAUGUUUACAAGUCCUGUACACUGGAUACAUGAAGCACCAAGGCAACUACUUCAAGACCAAAUGUUGGAUUGUGACUUUAGGUUCCAGAAUACGGAUCCACUCGUGAGAUGUACGUUAACAUUGAGCAGUAUGGGGUCAGUUAUUGUGUCAUUGAGUCGACCACUACGAGCCAUAACACCAGGACAGUAUGCCGUUUUCUACCUGGGAGAGGAAUGUCUCGGGGGUGCAAUCAUCUUGAAACCAGGUCCAUCCCUUCAUGUUCUCAAUCGGAAAAACUACAAGACCGAAGAACUGAGAAUACCUACAGCACAGCAAGAGUCAUGACAACUCACGAGUGAAACACAAAUGAAGUCUCUGCUCCCAGGCCAACUGAGUCAUGACAAAUAGUUUAUGAGUAAAACACUAAGGGAGGAAUAUGAACUCUCUGCUUCCAGGCCAACUGAGUCAUGACAAACAACUCACGAUGGAAAAACAAACUGAGGAAUAUGAGUUCACUUCUCCAAGGCCAACUGAGUCAUGACAAAUAAUUCAUGAGUAAUGACGCAGCAAGAAAGAAACACUCUCUGCUCCCAAGCCAACUGAGUCAUGACAAAUAACUCAUUGAGGAAACACCAAGAGAGGAACAGGAACUAACUGCUCCCAGGCUAACCGAGUCAAGACAAAUAAUUUAUGAGUAAAACACUUAGGGAGGAAUAUGAACUCUCUGCUCCCAGGCCAACCGAGUCAUGAUAACUCAUGAAGGAAGCAGCAAGAAAGAAACACUCUCUGCUCCCAGGCCAACUGAGUCAGGACAAAUAACUCAUGAAUGAAACACCAAGGGAGGCACAGGAACUCACUGCUCCAAGGCCAACUGAGUCAGGACAAAUAACUCAUGAAUGAAACACCAAGGGAGGCACAGGAACUCACUACUCCAAGGCCAACUGAGUCAUUACUGAGUCGUGACUCGUGAGUGAGACACUAAGGGUAUGUUCAGACAGCGUACUAAGUUAAACCCGAACCGGUUUAAC